UCUGAUAUAUCCGCGGUCACACGAGUCGUGUUGCGUUUGCAAAAUAAUAGAAAAAGUUUAAUAUUUCAACAACAAAACCAUAAUACUAAAUAAACCACACGAGAAUGUGCAGGCAACUUCAAGGCAUUGAAUUAUAAUAGAAAACAGCGAACUAAAAGCGGACCGAGUGAAAGCAGAGCAGUGCAAAAUCUCAAAAUUAGUUGUACCAUCUAUAGAUAGCACCCAAGGAAAUCCACAAAAGGCAAAAUAAAAAUGGGAAACGAAACAUCACUGCCCAUGGAAAUGUGUUCCAAUUUCGAUGCUGAUGAAAUUCGACGUUUGGGCAAACGUUUCCGCAAACUGGAUCUGGACAAUUCGGGAGCAUUGAGUGUGGACGAGUUCAUGUCGCUGCCGGAACUGCAACAGAAUCCGCUGGUGCAGCGCGUGAUUGACAUAUUCGAUGCCGAUGGCAACGGGGAGGUGGACUUUAAGGAGUUCAUCCAGGGCGUCUCACAGUUCAGCGUUAAGGGUGAUAAACUGUCGAAGCUGCGCUUCGCCUUCCGUAUCUACGACAUGGACAACGAUGGAUACAUCUCGAAUGGUGAACUUUUUCAGGUUUUAAAAAUGAUGGUGGGCAACAAUCUGAAGGACACGCAACUGCAACAGAUCGUGGACAAGACAAUCGGUUUCGCGGACAAGGAUGAGGAUGGAAAGAUUUCGUUCGACGAGUUCUGCUCGGUGGUUGGAAACACGGACAUACACAAGAAGAUGGUUGUUGACGUUUAAUAGGCUUACUGAAAAUCAUUAUUUUUAUAUGCAGUUUUAUUUAUUCUUUUGUACAUGCAUAUACGCAUUCUUCUUUUUUUUUCCACAAUUACUCCCAUGAUAAUGUCAUUUUUUUGUUGUUGAUCAGCGAUCAGAGAUUCGCAUUGUUAUGAAGCUGUUAAUGAGCCAGUUCAGUCAGUCAGUCAGUCAGUCGGUAAAACAAUCAAUCAAUCAGUCAGCCAGUCAGUCAGUCGAGCAAGCAGUUACUCUUAAGUUGAAAAGUGAAAUUGAAAUAAUGCGCCUCCUACUUACUUCUUAAAUGUAUAAAUCUAUAUACAUACAUAUACAUGCAUAUAUAGUCAUAAUUUAUUAUACAAAUAUACACAUAAUGAACUUACAAAUCCCCAAAAAAUCAAAACUAAAACUACACACAAAAACAAUCUCCAUUCAAAGUGAAGGCAAAUAAAGCAAGCAAGGUUGAACCCAUCCAAAGGAUCUUUCCAAUCGGCAAAGAGAUUAAGAGAGAAAGGUUCGUGCGCCGCGACACUUCUAUGAUUGUUUUUCUGCUUAUCCAACUCGUCGUUUUCCGGCUUACCACACGCACACACACACACACAGACACACCUGAGCCGGCGCCUGAACACGGCCAUGUGUCUUAGUUUAUGUUAAUUAUUUCUAAUUCUCCUGUGAUUUUGCCAAAAAAAAAACAAACAAAAAAAAAGAAAUUGAAAAAUUAUAAAAAGAGAUCAGAAGAGAAGAGCAGUGCAGAACAGGAGCAUGAGAGAAGAAGGGAGGGAGUAGGGAGUGCGCGUGCUCCUCUAUCGACUUAGCUUAGUCUUAUUUACACAUUGUGUACUUUUUAUAUAUUUAUACAUACAUACAACCUACUUGUACUAAUCGAAUGUUAUAAUCUACGUAUUUUUUAUAUCUCUUGACUAACUUGAAAAGAAGGCAACAAUGUUCUUAACUUCUUAAUCCCAACCCAGCCCUACCUAAUCAAGCCUAACUUUACUCAAAUCAAUCGGAUAUUACGACUUACGGCUGCUCGAAAUUAACUUAACGAGACGCAAAACGAAACGAAACAAAAUGAAAUAUGCUAGAAAGUUUAUUGAGUAUCAAAGAGUUAACUGAAGAUCGAAUAAUUAUACAUACAUCAAUACAUAUGAAAGCAAUGCCAUGCAAUGCGACGCGAUGCGAUAUUGCAUUACAAUUUUAUACUUAAAAGUAACUCUAGUUAAAA